UCGUGACGCUUUUGGGAAAUUUUGUAAAGAAGAAAAAUUAAUGGUCCCCUUUUCUCUUUUGCCGCACUUUGUUACCGCUUCUGUCGCGAGUUUCUUGCUCCCCUAACGCUCGCGGGGCUUCCCAGCUGCCGCGGAGUGAAAUUGGUGAACGGAACCCGGGGAGGGAGCGGCGCGGGGGAUAAGAAAGUUAAAUUGUUUAUUACGCGCUGGAAUUUAAACGAACUUUCGUCCGUGACGGUCCCUUUGGUAGUUUAGUGCAACGAUAAUUCCCGUUGCAACGAAUGCAAAUCAAACGGAUGCCAUACGCAACAGAGCGCUAUUUUAUAUAUUUAUUAAACAUUCACCUUGAAAAUAUCGCGGCGAAUAGAAGACGAAUUUGAAACUAAAAGUGUCUUUGGAAUGAGAGUAUUGCGAGACAAGGACUACGUUUUAUUUUGCGCAAAUACCCCGCGAUGUUGUGUAACGCAGAAGCAACGUUUCUUUGUGCCCGUUUCCCUUAUCAUCUAUAAUCAUCCGUAUAAUUAUAUCCGUUACUGCUCGCCGAUUACCGGAUAAUGUCACUUUUACAUCUUAGCACCGUUCAUUAGAUCAAGGCGGCAUUUUGCGACGGCGUUUCCUUGAAUGCCAUAAAAGCGUCACUCUCGCGCGAAAAGUUCUCCAUAUUUUUUUAAAUAUUAUUUUAAAUAUUUCCAGGCAUAAGCAGACAUUACCUCACCUUGGACGUUUUGCGUUAUCAGAGGUGUCCACGGUACUGCUUGGAUUAUUAACUUCGUGACUUUCUAAAUAACGGUUUCCUAACACCAGCUAAAAGAUGUCGGACGUUGAAGCCGAUGACGAGUUUCAAGAUGCUCAGGAAUCAUUACCACAACUCGCGUCUAUGGAUUUGGAUACAGCGAUAAUGGAGUCGAAAAGGGCGAUUCACUGUUUCUUCAACAACGACUUCGACGAGGCGAGAAAAAUCAUGGAGCCAUGGGCGGACAGUAGCCUGUACCAUUCUCUGGGGGCUAGCGUGUUCGCGUACCUAGAGGCGAUGUUUACAUUCGAACAAGAACACAUCGAGAAGGCGUCGAUGAUGUUGAAGCAGUGUAUAAACUUGUGCUCCAAACACCGAAAGCACACCACCAUUACGCAAAACAUCGGGAAAAUGGUCAAGAAGAUUAACUACGACGCUUACACGAUCGAGGAAGUGCAUGCGGAGCUCUGUUAUGCCGAGUCACUCCUCUUAAAAUCGAUGCUCACGUUUGUGGAGGACGAGACUCUGAUCAGCUUUGUCAAGGCAGGACUGAAAAUUCGUACCUGUUUUCUGUCGUACAAGGAAUGCAUGACGAUCUUGAAAAACCGGAAGUGGAAAGACGAUAAUCACAAAGUGCAUUUCGAAGGCGGCGUUCACAUGGGCAUCGGUACAUUCAAUUUGAUGAUCUCGUUGCUACCGGCACGUGUCAUUAAAUUAUUAGAGUUUAUCGGAUUUUCCGGCGAUAAGGAAUACGGUCUAAUGGAAUUGAGAGAGGGCUGCAACGAUAGGAAUGGCCUGCGACACGUCCUUUGCGUGUUGUCUCUACUGACCUAUAAUUUGAUAAUCUCCUUCAUACUGAGCCACUCGGACGGCGAUCUGGACUGGUGCGAGCAGGUGUUGGAGCAGGAACUGAGCGUCUAUCCGAACAGUGUGUGGUUCCUGUUCUUCAAGGGAAGGCUGGAACUCACGCGGGCCAACUUCGAAGAGUGCAUAGACUGGUAUAUAAAGUCGUGGAAAAGUCAGAAUGUUUGGCCGCAGUUCGGUAUUCUCUGUUAUUGGGAAUUGAUGUGGGCGCACUGCUCGAUGCAGCAGUGGAGCAAGGCGGACACGUACGCCACGAUGCUGGCGGAAGAAUCCAACUGGUCGCGCACUAUCUACCUGUAUCAGAAGGCCGCGAUUUUGCUUAUGCAGAAACCGUCCACCUGGAGUGCGGAGAAACAGCGAAUCGACAGCCUGAUGAUGGAGGCACCGGUUUAUAAGCAGCGUAUCGCCGGGAAGUCGCUGCCGUUGGAGAAGUUCAUGAUCAAGAAGACGGAGCGUUAUUUUGCACAAAAGAAGAACCUAGUCGUGCCCGUGUUUGAGCUUAUGUACGUGUGGAACAUGUUCAGGAUAAUAGGCAAGCGACAGGAUUUGAUAUUAAAUAUAUUCAAGAAGAUAGAAGAAGAGGAAAGGGAACUUAAAGCAGCCUCGAAAAGCGAUUAUCACGUAGACAACGAAGCGCUCCUGUUGCUACUGAAGGGCGCCUGUCUACGGCAAAUGCAGCAUCCUUUAUUGGCGGAGGAGUGUCUACGAGGUGUUUUGCAACUGGAAAAAUCUAUCAAAGAGGACACGUACUUACUUCCUUAUGCUACCGUGGAAUUAGCGUUAUUGGCACAAGAUCAGGGCGACACUCAGCUGGCUAUAAGCUUUUUGGAAGACGCCAAGAAAAACUAUACGGGCUAUUUACUGGAAUCUAGAUUGCACUUCAGAAUACACUCGGACCUGAUGAUUUUGACCGGCAAGAAGACUAAUAAUCAUACGAUAAAGAAGCACGAGAAUGAUCAUCGGCUGGAGACGCCUAUUGUUGCCAAUAAUAGCGUUAUUAUUGCGGGUCCAAGUGCCGACGAGAUUAAGACAUAGAAGCAUCGCAAAGCAUGUCGGAGAUCUACUUAUCCUUACAUAGGUUCUUUUAUACCUUCCUAAAUAACGUGCUGUACGUAUUGACGAGGACUAUUUUUGCGAAAACAAACCGAACGAUCGUUUUACAACUUCUAACAUCGAAUGGCCUUGCGUGUAACUUUCGUUUGGUUUCGUUCUUCGUAAAGUCCGAGGAUGUUAUCAGAGAUCUCUUUCGAAGGUUGGGCACAUUUCUUAGAGCGUUUGAUAUAUUAUAAUUAUAUAAAUUAUUUUCUUCCACGAGAGAAGAACGACGCGAUAGUAAUAUAUAAAAAUUAUAUUUUGUAGCGACUAUAACGUUAAAUAUAUAAAUUAAUAUCUUACGCUGGAGAAAUAAAAAUAUAAUAUAAGGAUCUUGCGAAACUUUACAAGGAUUGGGCAUAUAUUUUGUUGCGAGACUAAUUAUCUAAUAUAAAUAUAAUGGAUUAUUAUCUACAUAAAUUAUUUCUUUUACGGAAGAUCGGCGAGGUUCCAAUGUGAUCUGUGAUUGUCUAUUGUAAUUACGACGAAAGAGUGUUAAUAAAUAAUCAUGUUACGAGGCUGUAAAUACGUAAACGCGGUCGGGAAUUGCGUGAACGAAAUAAUAAAAUGAAUUCAGAGUAAUGUUA